AUAAUCCACUGGUCAGUCAUGCCUUUGGUGUACUUGUUUGGGUGGAAGGGGAGGCUGGUGCUGAGCACUCUCCUUAUUUGUGCUGUAAUCUUCGAGUUAGCCAAUUGUCAAAAAGACGCCGAAGAACAGAGGCCCAUUCCAGGGAGGAAGCCCAAGCUGAGCAAACCCACACCUGGGGAAUCAACAAAUAAAGGGCCCAGAGCUGUAACAGCCAAACCCAAGGUCAAAGCUACACCCGCAUCCCAGGCACAGACCUUCCUCACACAGGUGCUAGACAGAGGGAAGUUUAAGAAGGUGGGAGAAACUAUAAGCGUGCGGACAGGAGAUACUCUUGAGCUGAGGUGCAGGGGCAAACCUGUGCAGUGGAGCGUUCCCUCGUACCUGGAGGAGGAGGAUGACGGAAGGCUCAGCACUGUCCAACAUGAGCGAUAUGGCGUUCUGACAUUGGUCAACACGACUGGUGCAGACACAGGGGAGUACACGUGUUACCCAAUGUACUGCGAAGACACCGACUGCAGGAAGGAGUAUGACAAAGCUGUCAAGGUCUUCGUCUUCUUUCCCGACCCACAAGAACUAUUUGUUCCGUCGUCUGACUACUACGAGGUGAUUCAGCUGAGGACCAACUGGCCGACAGUCCUCCCCUGCCAGGUGACGUCACCUGAGGCCAAAGUAUCGCUGCACCGUGAGUUUCCACCGGUGGAGGUGGCGGUGGAUGGGUUGGAGAUCUCCUUUAAUGUCAAGACGGGCUUCACCAUCCAUCGACCCCGGCCUUACCACGCCGGAGCCUUGUACUGUGUAGCCAGUCUGGGCAACCUGAGGCAGAGCUCCAUCAAGUACAUGCUGAUCUAUGUCAACUACCCCAUGGCGCCUCCUGCCCCGGUGAUCCAGGCCUCGUCGAGUUUGGCGGCUGUGGGGGAGAACCUGCGUGUCAGCUGCAGUGUGUUGGGAGAGCAGGAUGUGGCUGUGGAGUUCACCUGGGAAUACCCAGGACAGCAGAUUGGGAGGCCUCUGUACACACAGGAGAGCAUCACUCCAGUCGGUGGAGGACUGGCCCGACAGCAGUCUCAGUCCGUUCUCCUGGUGGAUGAGGUGAGGGACGUGGACCAGGGAACAUACACGUGCACCGCACAGAACCUGCAAGGAGCCAAAUCAGUAUCCACCACCGUUAAAGUGGUCCCCAAAGCGAAGGCUAAGAAACCAUGA